AUGGUUCCUACUAGUUCCCCUUUCCAGAAGUGGAUACUGGAGGAACAUGCGCCGACAGUCAAAAUUCCGGCACGUAUUACGUACAAUGGUACUUUGGAUCCAAAGGACUACAUAGCCUCCUACGAGAGGCAUAUGUACCUUAAUCCCAGGUCCGAAGCUACCUGGUGCAAGUACUUCGCUACGACCCUUAAAGGUGUUGCCCAGUCAUGGAUUACCAAAGGGCUGAAGGAAGGCUCUAUAACGGGUUGGAGUGAUCUUGCCAACACGUUCAAAAGCAAGUUUUCCACGGCUAACCGCCGAGAGAAAACUAAUGCCGAGCUCAUGAGCCUGCAGCAAGCGGAAGACGAAAGUCUCCGGGAUUAUUUGACUCGCUUCAGCAACGAGACGUCCAGAAUCACAAGUCUGGAUCAGAGCCUAGCCGUAUUCGCACUACGGAACGGCUUACAAGCUGGUAAAUUUCUGGAUUUCAUGGUCAUGCAUCCCCCGCAGACCUUGGAAGAAGCCCUCGACGCUUCGGAUAAAUUCAUCCGAGCCGAGGAAUGGAAUAAGGCCAAACUGCAAUCUCAGUCAGGACUUGCAAAAACAAAAGGGAAACCAGCCGAAGUUACAGGGUUGAGGAAAGGGAAGAUCUUUAGUGCGACGAGGGAAGAGGGAAGAUUCAAGAAACCGAAGCCACCUCCUUCUUGGCAUCAGAAGAAGGGGCAGGAUCAUUGGUGCGAGUUCCACGAGUCACGUGGACACCACACCGAAGAUUGCCUUCAGCUGAAGGACCAGAUUGAAGAGCUGGUCCAAAAAGGAAAUUUAAAGAAAUAUGUCGCGGAACGCCGCGAAGAAAAGAAAGCUGAGAGAAACUGUCGGCAGGAUCUGGACUACCACCGAAAAAGGGACAAACCUCGCGAGGGAGGAAAUAAUGAUAUCCUGACCAUUUCCAGGGGUAUUUCUUGGAAUGCACUGAAGCGCCAUCUGAGGGGUCUCACCCAUCAGAUUCAUCAUGCUGAGUUCCGAAAACCACAGUCUCCGGUGCCGAACAUGAUGUUCACAUCCGAUGACUGCAGGGGGGUGGUGUAUCCCCAUGAUGACCCACUGGUUAUCAUGAUAAGCAUCGCAAACCACAACGUCUAUCGAACACUAGUAGACGGUGGCAGCGGGGCAAAUAUACUUUUCCGAAAGGCAUUUGACCAGCUAAAGUUGGAGAGCAAGCGCUUGACUCCAGUUCCAUACCCGGUCACUGGGUUCAACGGCUCUUCUUCAUAUCCAGAUGGGAAAAUUCUUCUUCCCGUCAGCCUCGGCCAAGACCGAGCGAGACGAAGCAUUAUAGCCGAAUUCUUGGUCAUCGAUGCCCCAUCAGUUUACAAAGUCAUUAUGGGGAGACCCCUCAUCCAUGAUGUUUAA